UCAGUAUUCACUAUUCACUAGUUAUAGUUAGACUGACGUUGGGUGUUGUGUAAUAUAAUCGGUACCAGUUAAAAUCAUAUAUUUUUUAAAUGAAGAUACACAAUAUUUAGAAGUUAAUAUCCUCUUAAUAUUUUUGACCGUCAUUCAAUAAUGUAGGGAUUCCACUUACAUAUUUGAUCAUUGAUAAAAUAGUGGCGUUAUAACUUAAAAUACACUCAGCCGUACACCGUCUUUUAAUUUUAUUUGGUUUUAAAAUAAUAUUGAAUAGAAAAAUAAUAAUAUUUACAAAGAAUUGAAAAACUAAACAAAAAUGUUGAAUUUGCGAAGGCCGUUAUUAACCAAAGGAUUGAAGAUAUCUGCAAUAAAAUAUACCAGGGGUUUGUCUGGAGUAGCACAAAGUGAACCAGCGCAACCAGAGAUCAAGACAUCUGUACCAGGACCGAAAACAAAGGCUUUACUCAAAGAUCUAUCAUCACUACAGCAAGCCGAUUCAGUCCAGUUGUUUGCUGACUAUGACAAGUGUUUUGGUAACUACUUCGUGGACGCGGAUGGGAAUACGUUUUUGGAUGCAUUUACUCAGAUCUCGUCGAUACCCAUCGGUUACAACCAUCCGGAGCUGUUGAAGGCCUUUAAUGAAGAACAUGCUCUGCGUUCUCUCAUAAAUCGGCCAGCCCUUGGCGUUUUUCCGGGGUCCGAUUGGCCUCAGAAGUUACGGAGCGUGUUGAUGGAGGUAGCGCCCUCUGGUUUGAAUGGUGUCGCCACCAUGAUGUGCGGUUCGUGUUCAAACGAGAACGCCUUCAAGACGGUGUUCAUGUGGUAUCGGAAGAAGGAAAGGUGCGGGAAGAUUGACUUCACCGAAGAGGAGAUGACUUCUUGCAUGGACAACCGACCGCCCGGUGCUCCUAAACUAUCUAUUCUAUCAUUUAAGGGUGCUUUUCACGGUCGUACAUUCGGUGCUCUGAGCACAACUCGUUCAAAACCCAUCCACAAGUUGGAUUGCCCCGCUUUCGACUGGCCCGUGGCGCCAUUUCCCAGAUACAAGUAUCCGUUAGAAGAAAAUCAGAGGGAAAACGAUAAAGAGGAUGAGAGAUGCCUGGAGCAAGUAGCCGAUGUUAUUGAGAAUUAUAAGAAGAAAGCGAACCCAGUGGCGGGCGUCAUAGUGGAACCGAUACAAUCUGAGGGCGGAGAUCAUGAAGCGUCUCCAGCAUUCUUCCAGAAGUUACAGAAAAUUUGUAACCAGAAUGGGGUAGCCUUGAUAGUGGACGAAGUUCAGACGGGCUGUGGUCCGACAGGUCGUAUGUGGUGCUACCAACACUUCGAUCUGCCGUCACCGCCUGAUGUAGUCACAUUCAGUAAGAAGAUGCUAACCGGAGGAUUCUAUUUUAAUGUUGAAACCAAACCAUCGCAUCCAUACAGAGUGUUUAAUACUUGGAUGGGAGAUCCUGGCAAGUUGAUAUUGUUGGAGAAGGUGUUGAAUGUUAUCAAAAAUGAAAAAUUACUUGAAAAUGUAAAUGAAACCGGAACUGUUCUCAAGUGUGGUUUACACGAAUUGGAGAAAGAAUUCCCUAAUCUGGUGAAUAGUGUGCGAGGGCGAGGCACUUUCCUGGCAUUUAAUUCUUGCACUACUGAAUGUAGAGACAAAAUUAACGCCGACCUCAAGAAGAAUGGUGUGUUGGGAGGUGUUUGUGGCGAAUUUGCCAUUCGUCUAAGACCAGCUCUAGUGUUCCGGAAGAAACACGCUGAAAUUUAUUUGGACAUCCUCCGGAAAACUUUGAAAGCUAUAUAAAUUAAUUUAAAAUAUCUUCCAUACUCACUUUUGUGUAACAGUGGAUAACAGUAUUAUACAUUGUAAGAUUUAAUUAUUCAUAUUUUUAUUGCGAAGCUCAUUAUAUUUUAUUUUUUAUAUAUUUUCUUAUUUUGAAUGUGCAUUUUUUACAAAUUUUCCAUCUAAAUUGAUAUCAGUAUUAACGUAAGGUGAUAUUGCAUAAAAAUAUUGCAUGCCUCAAAUAUGUCUUCCAAUAGAUCUUAUAAAGUAUACGUAGAGGAAUACCAGUAAUGCAUUCCAAUAUAUCUUGUUAUACAUAAA